AAAAUAACAUAUUAGGAGAAGUGCUUAAACAACAAAACUUCAAAAAUACUAAUUUAAAAAUGGUUAAAUAUCCCUUAAGGGUGCUAACUAUUAGAGAUGAUCUAAUGUUUUGUUUUUAAAUGUGUAGUAGCCUAGUAGGAGUAUUUCUUUGUCACCAUUGUUUUUAUUUAUUGAUUGUUCAAUUCCCGCAAACGGACAAACCGCUUUAUUGGCAAUGUGCUCUGUUUUCUCUAUAAUGUCUCUAUGUUCGUGUCUGUAAACCAGAUCUCAAAAACCUUUUCCCUUUCUCUCUCAAGAUUCCCACUCCUUCUCUAUCUAAAAAAAAAAAAACAAAAACCCAUCAAAACCUCUCUCUCUAUAUACUCGAAAACAGUGUUUUUCUUACUUUUUCCUGCCAAAACACAUCGCUUUCUCCAGAGUAAGCCCUCAGGUUCUUCAUGUGAAAGUUUGGUUAAAGAAAAGAGGGAAGAGAGACAUCUGUGACUUCUUUCAAGAAACGGUGUCGUUCUUUUUCUUCCUUUUUUUUGCUGUUUAUUGCUCUGUGGUGUGAUUCUUGGGGGAAAUUUUGGGUGUUAUUAUCAAAUUUAGAAAGUUCAAAGAUCUUCAUACAAGAAAAUGAGAUACACCUCGAUUUGGUUCUUCUAUAGAUACUUCGACAAAUUUCCGUCAAAGAGAACAGAACAUUUCGUCUGAUCAUGACUACUACUAGGGUUACUUCUUCACGGAUUCUGAAAGAUGCAAAUGGAGACAUCGGUGAGCAUCUUCGUAACCAUAUCCACUUAACCAACUGUAUUCACUUGAAGAACCAUAUGCACAACAACAAACAGAGUCCGGUUUUAAAUGACCGGUCUCUUCUUAUGAGAGAUCUCGUCGUUCUUCAGAGAUCAAGAUCACUUAGAGACCCAUCAGCGAGCCCGAAUUCGCCUUCUGUGAUCGCUGAUUCGAAAGGUUUGGUUCAUAAGAAAGGAGGAAGAAGAAGAUCUGUUGACCAUCAGAAUGUCGUUAAGAAAUCUGGUCUUAGGCUGACUAGUUCGUCACCGAUUGUGAAUUUUGGAACAUCUAAAGUCACUCCUUCUGAUGAAAAGUUUGAAGGCUCGAGUAGGAAGAGUUAUAGAGUCGAAGAUGAGGCUUUUAGUGUUGCUUCAGUGAAAUCGAGAUCGAAAGACAAGGCUAAGGCUAUUGCCAAGACUCUGUCUGAUCAGCUAAACGAGGUUUUAGGUGAUACUGAUGGUUUAGUUUCUUGUAAUGCUCAAGCGCGUGGUAAUGGUCGUAAAAGGCGGAAAUUUAGAGGAACAAGGAGAGCAGGAAGGGCAAGUGAUGUUAGAGAUAAUGUUGGUGAGAAGUAUAAGGAAGAAGAAGAAGAAGGAGGGUAUAGAGAACAGAACAUGACUAGAGGUGAUCCAAGAAACAACGGUUGUGGAAUUCCGUUUAAUUGGUCGAGAAUUCAUCAUAGAGGCAAAACAUUCCUCGAUAUAGCUGGUCGGAGUUUAUCUUGUGGAAUGUCUGAUUCAAAAGGAAAGAAAGGAGAAACCGAUAUGCCAAUGCUCUCUGAUUCAAGCUCCUCUUUCACCAAAUCUGAUCUGCCCCUUUUAGUCGAUAGUGCAGACAAUGAAGGUUGGGAGCAUGAUUACUCUGGAGAAUUGGGUUUAUUCGCUGACGAUUUGCUCAAGAACGGUAAAGAUUCAGACUUUGGUCAGAAACGAAGCUAUAGAAACGCUCGACGACACCAAAGCUUUACGCAGAAGUACGUGCCAAGAACAUUCCGUGACCUCGUGGGACAGAAUCUGGUUGUACAAGCUCUGUCUAACGCUGUUGCUAAACGAAGAGUAGGGCUUCUUUAUGUGUUCCACGGUCCAAACGGAACCGGAAAAACCUCUUGUGCUAAAACAUUCGCUAGAGCUUUGAAUUGCCAUUCUAUGGAACAGUCAAAGCCUUGUGGGAGAUGCAGCUCUUGUGUUUCUUAUGAUAAUGGUAAGAACCGGAACAUUCGAGAGAUGGGUCCUGUGAAAAGUUUCGACUUUGAGAAACUUUCCGAUGAUAUGAUGAUGAUCUCUCAGCAGAAAAGGCAGCACCUUGUGUUCAUAUUCGAUGAUUGCGAUACCAUGUCAACGGAUUGUUGGAAUGCGCUUUCGAAGAUUGUGGACCGAGCUCCUCCUCGCGUGGUCUUCGUUCUUGUCUGCUCUGUUCUUGAUGUUUUGCCUCACAUUAUAGUCUCGAGGUGCCAGAAAUUCUUUUUCCCUAAGCUUAAAGAUGCAGAUAUCGUCGACUCUUUGCAACGGAUUGCGUCGAGGGAAGAGAUUGAUAUCGAUAAAGAUGCUUUGAAGCUUGUUGCUUCGAGAUCAGAUGGUUCUUUGAGAGAUGCAGAGAUGACUUUAGAACAGCUGAGUUUGCUUGGAACAAGAAUCUCUGUUCCUUUAGUUCAAGAAAUGGUUGGGUUAGUCUCUGAUGAGAAAUUAGUUGAUCUUCUUGAUCUGGCCUUAUCUGCGGAUACUGUGAACACAGUGAAGAAUCUGAGAACAAUAAUGGAAACCGGAGUAGAACCAUUAGCUUUAAUGUCACAGCUUGCAACCAUCAUAACAGAUAUCCUCGCCGGAAGCUAUGAUUUAGCUAAAGAUCAACAUAAAAGAAAGUUUUUCCGGCAACAACCACUGUCUAGAAAAGAUAUGGAGAAGCUGAGACAAGCUUUAAAAACGCUGUCCGAAUCAGAGAAACAGUUGAGAGUAUCAAACGAUAAACUAACUUGGCUCACUGCUGCGUUGCUCCAGCUAGCUCCUGAUCAACGAUACAUGCUUCAGCCUAGUUCUAGCCCGUUAAUGGAUCGUGGUGGUCAAGGUUUUAGUAGCAAGAACCGACCUUCCGUUGAAGAUAUUUGGUUAGCGGUUCUAGAUAAAGUUCGUGUUGAUGGUUUAAGAGAGUUUCUUUAUAGAGAAGGCAAGAUCUUUUCGAUUAGUAUUGGUUCAGCUCCUACGGUGCAGUUGAUGUUGAAUUCGCCGUUAGCGAAAUCAACGGCUGAGAAUUUCGAAGAGCAUAUUGUGAGAGCGUUUGAAGCGGUUCUUGGAUCUCCGGUCGCUCUUGAGAUCAGAACUGAGUCAAAGAAAGACACAAGAAACAAUUUUGAGAGCGAAAUCGUUGAAGUGGGUGAUGAAUCUGAAUCUGUAAUGACUCGAGCUAGGAGGAAACACUUGGAAGCUAGCCAAAACCGAAACCAGAACCAGCAGAACCAGAGCAUUGUGAGAGGAAAAGUCUCGUUGGCUCAAGUGAUUAAACAAGGUGAAGGAAACAGUUGGUCAAAACGCAAAGCUGUGUCGAUUGCAGAGAAGCUUGAACAUGAGAAUCUGAGACUUGAAUCUAGAUCAAGAAGCUUGAUAUGUUGGAAAGCGUCAAGAAGCGUACGUCGCAAGCUUUGGCGAUUGAAGGUGAGAACGAGAAGGGUACGAUUACAUUCGUUGUUGAAGCUUGUCUCGUGUGGGAAUUAUUUAUCAACGAAAUCUCCUUCUAGAUAG